AUGAAGUUACUCAAUCUCUUGCUCGGCCUCGUGGCCGUGACUUGCGUCUCGGCACUCUCAAUUCCCCACGCCGCUCCAAACGCAGUCCAGGUCUUCGACUUGAACGAACGCAACGGCCAGGACAAGAUCAAGCGUUACGAAGGCGACGUCGAAUGGAAGGGCAAGACCAAGCGCUACGAGGGCGACGUCGAGUGGAAGGACAAGACCAAGCGCUACGAGGGCGACGUCGAGUGGAAGGACAAGACCAAGCGCUACGAGGGCGACGUCGAGUGGAAGGACAAGACCAAGCGCUACGAGGGCGACGUCGAGUGGAAGGACAAGACCAAGCGCUACGAGGGCGACGUCGAGUGGAAGGAUAAGACCAAGCGCUACGAGGGCGACGUCGAGUGGAAGGACAAGAUCAAGCGCUACGAGGGCGACGUCGAGUGGAAGGACAAGACCAAGCGCUACGAGGGCGACGUCGAGUGGAAGGAUAAGAUCAAGCGUGAUGAGCCCGAUGUCGAGUGGAAGAUCACGCACGAGUAG